ACAGUCAGCUGAGUUUCGUUGCAGUGAGGACUGAGGAGGAUAUCGCCAUUCACCACAACCGCACACCCCGACGCCCCUAGCUGUCUGCAAUCCCUUUUAAUUUCACAAUCUCCAUCGCACACUACUGGACUGGAGCAGGAGCUGGAGGAGAAGCUAAGGGCCAUGGCGUUGGUCCCCACUCCCACCUCUAACGUCAACGAUCCUCCAUUGUUUGCCGAGGUCGAUAUGGGCGCCGAUGCCUCUGCUCCCACCCCUACUGUCCGAGCCACCGUCGUCCAGGCAUCCACAGUCUUCUACGAUACUCCAGCUACUCUAGAUAAAGCUGAAAGAUUGCUGGCUGAGGCCGCCUCAUACGGUUCUCAGUUGGUUGUAUUUCCUGAAGCAUUUAUCGGAGGUUAUCCACGCGGAUCAACUUUUGGUGUUACUAUAGGCAGUCGCUCGGCCAAGGGGAGAGAAGAGUUUAGGAAAUAUCAUGCUUCAGCCAUUGAUGUUCCUGGUCCUGAGGUCGAUCGCUUGGCUGGAAUGGCAGGAAAAUAUAAGGUGUAUUUAGUCAUGGGCGUCAUCGAGAGAGAUGGCUAUACCUUAUACUGUACAGUUCUGUUUUUCGAUUCUCAAGGGCAGUACCUUGGAAAGCAUAGAAAAGUCAUGCCAACAGCACUCGAGCGCAUAAUAUGGGGAUUUGGAGAUGGAUCAACAAUUCCUGUUUUCGACACACCAAUUGGAAAAAUCGGGGCUGCAAUUUGUUGGGAAAAUAGAAUGCCACUUUUAAGAACAGCAAUGUAUGCUAAAGGUGUUGAAAUAUAUUGUGCACCCACAGCUGAUUCCCGGGAGGUGUGGCAAGCAUCGAUGACGCACAUUGCUCUCGAGGGCGGAUGUUUUGUUCUGUCCGCGAACCAGUUCUGCCGGAGAAAAGAUUAUCCACCUCCACCGGAAUAUGUAUUCUCUGGAACUGAAGAUACCCUUGGCUCUGAUUCUGUUGUUUGCCCUGGUGGCAGUGUGAUUAUUUCACCUUCCGGAACUGUCCUGGCUGGUCCUAAUUACGAAGGCGAGGCAAUUAUAUCUGCUGAUUUAGAUCUUGGAGAAGUGGCACGUGCAAAAUUCGACUUUGAUGUGGUCGGACAUUAUUCGCGGCCGGAAAUCCUAAGCCUUAUUGUGAAGGACCACCCGAUGCCCCCGGUUUCAUUCACAUCAGUGUCCCAAAAGGCUGAAACCUCCCACAAGCCGGUGACAGGUAACCUUCUAUAGCAAAUAAAUUAAAAUGUGUCUUUGUACAUCUGAAUUAUGAGUUAGAAGUGCAUCAAAAUUUCAUCGAUACGUCCAAAACUUCUCGUCUCUACUUGAAGAUUUGGUACAUGUGCUUGUGCUUUGUCCUCACACAGACAUUACAUUUACACAUAUGUAUGUAGUGUGUGUGAAUGUUUGUUUGUUGGGUAAGGGAACAAUAGAUGCAUGAAUUAAUGCAUGUUUGUUUGCUGAAAUGUUCAAUGAACCUUGUUGGUAUAUGUGAAUGUGACCAUAUUUCGAUAGCAAGUGAAUUAUGAUAUUGUAGAUUGUCAUUGA